CUGAAUGGCUGUGCUGGUUUGUUGCCAUGGCAACCGUACCGGUCCCUCAAAACUAGGCAGAGCUUCUAUAGCGGCCUGUUCCAGUGGUUAGUGUGAGUGAUUUUUGGUUGGAUUCCCUGGUAUGCAGCUUCCAGCAAGCAUACAGCCAAUUCCAUUUCCCAAGGCUUUACUCGUACACAGCUGGCUGGCUUGAGAAACAGAGGCAGACCGGAGGGGGGGCGGGGGAGAGGAAAAAGAGGUCACAUUGCUCAGACUCCAGAGUUUUCCCCCCUCCUUUUCAUUUCUUUGCACAUCGCUCACUUUAAGGGGUGUGACGCUCAGAAAGCCACUGCAGGAAACUUCUUUUUCUCAAAGCAGGCUGCGGCCUAGCUAGGGGCUCCUGGACUUCUGUUUAGUGGGCAACUUAAAGCUGAGUUCUUUUCUGUUAGCAAUAGUCCCUUCUGAGGAUGCGAGCCUUUAAGUUGCCUGGCAUUUGUUUCAAGUCCAACUCAAGUACAGCUUGAGGCCCUCUUUCCAGUUUCAUAGUCAUAGUUGUUGGUGGUGUUGGGUUGUUGUUUUAUUUUAAUUUUUACUCUAACGAUUUGAGCCAUUGUCUUUAGGAGCAUGUCUUAGUUUGCAGCAUUAGUGUGUGUACUAUAUAUUGCUUAAGAAAUUAUGAUCUGGACUUUAAAAAGCUGCAGAUAACAAGCCAGAAGAAAUGUCUCUUCUGCCAAGAAUGAAUAAGGCUUAAUUAGCAGCCCCUUCAAAAUCUAGCCUAUGGCAGAUGGGGGUGAUUGUAGGCACGAAACUGGACCUUUGGCUGCAAUUUCUACAACUUUUAAAAAUUUAAUUUGGCUGGAUCUGCAGAUCUUGGAAGAAUGCCUUCCCAGAAUGGUGCGUGUCAGGUAUGGGUGCUAGUGGCACAAGCUCCUCUCUUUUUUCCUCACUGAAGCAAACAUUGCUGUUGAUCUAAGAAGGCUUGGUUUCAUCGCCUGAAAGUGGGAGCAUGGAGGGGAAUUCCUCUUCUGAAAGAAGGAAAGCCUUGAAGAACAUAAAGCAGUGUGUCAAAAAUAUUUCUAGAUCCAAACACCCCCCCGAGAGCCAUGAAGAUAUAAAUGCCUACUGUCGGAACGGGCCAAACUGGGUUCCGGUGCGAUUGCCAGGAGAUCUGAGCAGGGGCACCUCUACUCUGGAGAUCAAGGUUAAGGAGCUGAAAGAGAAGAGGAGUGCUGUUAAUAGACAGACUGAAGCACCAUCCCAUGAGCGAGCCUCUCCGAAGAAGACCUGGAAGGGGAAGACACUGACAGACUCCACAUCCCACAAUGCUGUGGUGGAACCACAGGCUCAAAUCCGCACAUACCUGACAGAUGUGCUGCUGGACAGCACUGAGUACCCACACCUCAAGCAGGAGCAAUCUCAGGGGCCAGCUUCAUAUGCCAGUGAUUUUGAAACAUUGCCAGGGUCUAAGACAGAAGGACAGCCUACAAGCAUUGCCUGGAGUUCACCUGAGGAAUACUGGAAGCAUUCAGAAAGAAACUUGCUGGACAAAAAGAGCUAUUCAGGAAGGAUGGCAAGAAGGGCAUCCCAAAAUGGCCUCUAUGGAGCUGGCUCUUUAAAGGACCUUUCACGUGUCCAUAAAAUGUUUGAGGAAACAAAUGGUGGAGAUGAUCAUGUACUUCAGGCUGGGGAUUUUGAAAACCAUUCUUUUCUCCUUAAGAACAACACUUGCAGGGUGGUGACAACUGGGCGGCUUUGGAGAACAGAGAGCUGGGAUAGUCUUGGCAGUGGUGGAAGCAAUGCUAGCACAGUAUCCCUGGCAGAAAAAGUGGAGAGGAACCGGUCAAUGCUGCAGGAGAUGCUGAACAUAUCGCAGGUUAAUUGCCAUUCUUCACAUGAACUACAUACUCUACAUCACCACAAAAAGGAUGCCCCAGUCCUUGGGAAUGAUGGGCCUAGUAAUGACAUUAUGGCAAAUGACAUAGACUGGGAUUCUGGUGUUUCAUUACAGGAUUCUGAAGGCUACCGGGCCUUUGUUCCCAACCCAGAGCUGGAGCUGAGCCCCAGGCAUGAGCAGGCUAAGCAGCUGCUACAGAGAGCUCGUAUGAAGGCCAGGACGAACCCCCUUCGCGCCAGUCAUCACAUCCUGCCUAUUGCUUCCCAAGAAAGGAGGGAUGCCUCUGGGAUCUCUGCGGUGGAUGCAAAGAACUUUGUUCUAAAGGAUGGAGAUCCCCGUGCCAGUGGAAACCUGAGUGACUCAUCUAGUGGGGAGUCCAGCUGUGGACAACAGAGGAAGCGAGGGCCAUCACCAUCCCGGGUGCGAUUUGAAGAUGAGUCUGCACGGGAUGCUGAAGUCCGCUACUUGGAGCGCCUGCAGCACCGUCGGAAACGGGUGUUGGAUUCAGUUCUCUUAUCCCUCGGUAGGGGCCCACUGAUCUCCAAGCCAGAUCUGUCAGCUUAUAUCAAUGGUGAUCUCCAUCGCAAUGAGAAUGGUAUUGGCAAAGCCGGUUGGGAACAUCAGGGCAGUGGGCACACAGUAGGGUUGCUUGCUCCACAAGCCAGCGGUGGGCACUCUGAGAAGGGAAAGCCUCUAGUGAUUAAUGAAGAAGGGAAGUGCACUGCCUGUGGAUCUUACAUCAGCAAUUUAACCACCAAUGGGAAGCCAGAUAUUGUAGUAAACCAAACCAGGAAAGACACACAUCAGACCUCUAGUUUCUCUCAAGAGAGCAAAGAUCGAGGCCCUUCCCUUAAACCCAAGGAGCUCACUGCUUCCCAGCAGGAUUUAGGAACAAGGACCUUAGGCCCCAAAGGAACUCCAGUGUGGAUCCUUCCAUCCCGGCAGCGUGUUUACACAGAACGCAUCAAGGAGACUUAUAUUGGAGAAGUGACUUGCAUAGAUGAUGUUGAUUCUGCUUUAGAUAGCACCACAGACACAUCAGACAGUUAUAGGACAGACAGUGAAGAAACAUGUACCGGUAAUCGACAAUCAAUGGUUAAAAGCCAUUGGCAAAAUGGGCCUGGUCCAGUUUCUAAGGCAGAGAAAGAAACCAAGGAUGGGAAAAAGACGAUUGAGGGGGGAAAGCCUUGGGGGAAAGCCUGCUGCAGUGUCACUGGAGAGGAACCCCAGGAUAAUGUGCCUAGCGUCAGCGGAGACAAAAUUGGGUCAAGUGUGAAUGAAGCAAACAACUGUAACUUAAAGAGGACUUGUGAGGUAAUAAGUCCAGUAACUAAAAUGUCAUCCAGGGAGACAGAAGCCUUCACCAAAGGCAACCAGCGUACAGAUCUGUGUGAGCCGGCCAAGAAAGGCAAAGCUGAAGAACACAGGAGGGGAUCCAAAAUCCUAUUUAGUGAAUCCACAACCACCAGCAGCCCUUAUCAGAUACCUCCCCACCCAGUUUCUGAUGGUUGCUCAGACUCUGUGAAUAGGCAGACAGUGGAAAGAGCCAGUCACACUUUCAGGCCAAGCAGUAGUUUAAGUCAAACCAGGCAAAUAACAGGGCUUUCUCAGCAGCUAACUGAGCAGGCAGCUGCCACCUGCAACCUAGUGAAUCGAGUACCUGCACCCCCUGCCACUGGAAGAGCUCCUUCCUCCCCUAUGCCUUAUAGGAGGGCUGCUUUGAAAGGCAGCUACAAGCUGAACAAUCAUGAACCAGGACAGCUGGACCAAGCCAAUGUUUAUUCAACUUUGCCUAAUAAUCUUCAGCAUGUAUGUGUGUCUCAGCUGGAGGAUGACAGUGGCCUGCAGAAACCAAAGAAGUUCUCCAAGCAUCAGCUGCUGACCUUGUCCACCAAUAACUGUAAUAAUACGCAUGCUAAGCACAAGCCAGAAACCUCUGUGACUGCUGCAGUGAAGCCCCAGGACAGCAGGAUGAUGGAGGUAAAUCAAGGUCCAUCAUCCUCAACAUGUGAUGUUCCCAUUGUUGCUUAUAAUGCCAUCAGUUCCACUGCCAUUAGUCUCUCCUUGACAACUGAGGAGACCAAUGUCACUGCCUCCCCUCAUGCGGUCAGCACAGAAGCUCCAACAACAAAGGCACAGAAGACAAAUCAAGGGCCAACAAGUGCAGUCCAGCGCAAACCCUUAGAAAUAAAUCCUGAGAUAAAAAAGAAGCAAUUUGCCAAGAAAGGAGGUACCUCUUCCUCCUCUGCAUCAGGGCUCAAGAAAUUCUUCACCACUCUGAGUCAGAGCACCAAGCAGAAACUGGGCAGAUUUCGGUGCUACAGCAUGGAGCAGAUCUGUGCCCCAGAGUCACAAGCUGCAGCACCCAUAGAAGAACCAGGCCCAGACACUACCAGUUCACCCAAAAUGAAGAAAUCUCCUUCCCUGCAGUCUUUGCGGCUGGUGUCACCUUUCUGCCAACCAAGAAAAGCUUCUUCUGUUCAAAAUCUCCAUUCAUUACUGGGAAAGAGUGACCGGUCCAGUCUCUACCUGUCUGGAGAGCAAAGGGAUAAUGAAAUUGUUCCUUAUAGAAAACCAGGGGCCCAGCAACAGCGUUCCCUCAGUGUGGAGGAUAUUGGCUCCCCCAACUUGGUGAGAACUGUUGGGCGGGUGGUGGAGGUCUUCCCAGAUGGAACUAGCCAGUUGGAACUGCAGCGCACCCCACAAGGCGACUUUGGAUUUCGUGUAUCUUCAGGCAAUGGCCGUCCCGAUAGAGGCAUCUACGUCCAGGAGAUGGCAGAUGCCAGCACGGCUAAACUGUACGCUGGGCUUCUAAGAGUUGGGGAUGAGAUACUGGAAGUGAAUGGUGCCAAAGUUGCUGGCCUGGGCCUGGCCCAGAUCGAUGAACUUCUCUUGUGGGCAGACACUCUCUCAGUGAGAGUGCUGAGGCAGAGACCUGUUCGAUGACAGCAGAGAAGUGCUGGGUGUUCACAAGUGCUUGCUUGAGUGUGAAGAUUUUCAAUUGAGCAAUACAAGAAGCCUCUGGUGCCUACAGCGCCUGCUUUGGACUUGGAACAGAGCCUAAUUCACAUCUCCAUACCAAUGCCUUUUUGACUGGGAGGUGUGGGCAAUUGCAUGGCCCCACCCUCUUGGUUAUGCUGAAACACAAGCUGGGUGUGUGCUAAAUACUUAACCGGGGGGGGGGGUUGACAGGUAAUAUGGGCCUGUCAUUUUGAGAUAUGUUCCUGCACAUGUGGGAUAAAGUGACAGGGACAGCAGUUAACAAACUUGUGGUUAGUAAAUUUUAUCUCCAUCCUUCCAGCAUACAUUCACACUUAAAAUGUGAAAGAUGCUGGGUUGUCUUACAUUAAUAUUCUCGACAUAAUAUGCUGUUGGAUGCUUAAAGGCUUCUGAAAGAUAAUUAAGCCACAGGUUUUUUUGCAUUGGUCUUCAUUAAAUCACAUCUCUUCUACUCCAUCUGUUCAACAUGUAGACAUAAAAUGUGCAUAGAUAACCAUAAACAGAUAGCCUUCUCAGGAAGCUCCUCAGAAUUAAGAAGUCAUUCACUCUUGUUUUGGGUAACAUCUUUUGAUGAAAUAGAAUGUUGGUCGGACUGGGCUUCCCUUGGCCAGCUCCGAAUUGCACUUGGGCUAACAAUGGGCAUGUCCGUGCACUGCAAAUGAAAUCUUUCCGAACUAUAUAAGAGUGUGUCUUUUUAGGGACUAAAGAUCCCUAUUAGAGAUUUCUCAUUCUCUCCCAACUAUAACUCCCACAGUAAGAUCAGGAACUUACAGUUCUUCUAAGAGGCUUCAAGGUUAUUUCCAGAAAGCUAUUGAAGUUUAAAUCACUUUCAACAGUAUUAUGUGGUGACUCCAUUUUUGGAGGUACUGCAAAUCCAAUCUAGGUUUUAGUCUUGAGUUCACAAAAGCUAUCCAAGGAGCCUAUAUAGGUUCAGUACUUUCAAAAGAUGCAGACUACAACCCAGUAUCUCCAAAACUGGAGUCACUGGUCAACACUGACUUUCAAAUCAAUUUAUUUUGCUAAACUGCUUUGAGGCAAACUCUCCCCUGCCACAAUAAAGCCCAAGGCUGCUGUGGUGAGGAACAGCAUUUCACUGUCUGGAAUAAAACAAAGGUAUUGUGAUUUUUCCCCAAUAUAGGCAGGUAAAAAUGGAGGAUUUAUGGCUUUUCCAGAUUUCAGUUGCCUGGCUUUAUGCUGCCUUUAGGGAACCUUGCUCUAAGGCAGGGAUGGCGAACCUAUGGCACACAUGCCACAGCUGGCACACAGAGCCCUCUCUGU